AUGCUCACUGUUCUGCAGCUGGGUAAAGGGGCUUCCGGUGCGCAAGGCGACGAUACAAAAACUCUAAAGUCUGCUGUCCUUGAAUGGCUUGUGCCAAGAGGACAAGUAGUCAUACCGCCCCUCUCCCGAAACAUCAAGUCAGAUCGCGGGUUUAAUCAUGAAGUCACCGGUGCAUUGCUCUGCCUGGCAGGCCUUGACUGGUCGAAUCUGAGUCUGAAGAGCGGUGACCAGUGGCCUAUGUUCUUAUAUGCCGAGUAUAACUAUGAUCCUGAAGAUCCAUGGAAGGGUUUACUGAGGAGCAAGAUACUAAUAUUCGGUUUUAAACAUGUUUUUACGUCCCCAAGCUCGGUGGAUAGGGAACCAAAAGCUAUGCAUUCCAGCAAUGCUUACCUCCAUGGCAUGAAGUCUGUUACCAAAGGAUCCCUAGCCUACAUUGCUACACAGGUUCGGUUUUCGUUGAGUUCACCGUUUGUAUUUUCAUGUACCGACACCGUUACGGACUCCAAAAAUUUCUAUCACAGCAUUCUCGACCUGUUGGAGGAUCCCGAUGAAAGUGAUGAAGUUGUUGACCUUAUGACGUGGUGGACGCACCAUAUCUUUCCUAACUCCUCAUCUUCGCAGCACAGUAUUAGCGAAAACAGCGCGCUGUCGAAAAUCCGGGCGAAACAUGCUGCCUUGCGAGAAUGA